GUGGCUGUGCGGCGGCGAUUGGGAAGGAGGCUGCGGCGGCGGCGGCCCGGGUGGCAGAGGACGCGGACGAUGGCAGACUUUCUGAAAGGCUUGCCCGUCUACAACAAGAGCAACUUCAGCAGGUUCCACGCGGACUCUGUGUGCAAGGCCUCGAACCGCCGUCCCUCAGUAUACCUGCCGACCCGAGAAUACCCGUCAGAACAGAUCAUUGUGACAGAAAAGACGAACAUCCUCCUGCGGUACCUGCACCAGCAAUGGGACAAAAAGAACGCUGCCAAGAAGAGAGACCAAGAGCAGGUGGAGGCAGAGGGCGAGAGCUCAGCGCCGCCCCGAAAGGUGGCCCGGACCGACAGCCCUGACAUGCCCGAGGACACCUAGGUCCUGUGCGUCGCCCCUCGUCUGUCAGCCCCGUCUGCUCCCACCCGCGUGUUUAAGCGCAGCCAGCUCCUCCAUCCAGUCUGCACCCUCCAACCUCAUAGGACCCAUGUAUUUAUUUUCCUUGAGUUCUUAUUUAUGCUGUAACUCGUGUCAAGCAUUGGUUAAAAGGACAUCAGGCCCAGCCGCGAGGUGUCGGUAGAUGCUUUUUAAAGCACAGUGGUGGCCCCCACCAGGCCACCCACAUCGAGACCUCGCCAGGGUCCAGAGCCCAGGGCGGGCUGGUCCCCCAACACACCGAGCGGCCUUCUCGCUCCUUCCCACCCACAGGCCUGGCCGGGUCGCAGGUCUCCCGGUCCCUCCCGUCCCCAGGCCUCACUCUGAGCCCACACCAGGGAAAGAGCUGGCCCCUCUGGAUCUUUCUCUUACGUCAUUUAUCAUGGACUAGCUCGUGCUCCACGUCCACCCCAAUAAAAGGACCUUUCCUACUCUACACGGCGUCUUUGCUCCGCACACUUCGGCCGGAGCCGCUGGGACCUGCAGGAACCAACCCCUGCCUAGGGUCCUUGGGGUCGGGUCCCCUGGGAGACUGAACCCAGGACAGUACUACAGGGCUGACCAACAGCCACUCGCCACCGGGCAUCAUGAGCAAGGGCUGCCAGCACUGGUAUCCAGCUGGCCACUCCGUCAUGGGGAUAUGGGGCAACUACCUGGGCUGGUAGAGUGAGUGGCUGUGCACCCUCAGCUGUAGCAUGGUACACACUGCAGGUAUGGGGUUCUGGGGGACCCCGCAUACAGAAUGCACCCCGCUUGUGAAGGCUAGAGUUGUUUGUGUUCCCCAGAGGACCAUUGCUUGGCUAUGGCCCUGGUAGCAUUUCAGCCUCUUGUGGUGACUUGGCAACUGCUCCCAUGCCCUAUUAACCCUGGGUGUCCUGACCAGAAUACCCCACAGUACCCUUCCUGGAGCUGCUUCCUGUGCCCUGCCUCUGGAGGCCUCCCCUUUCAGAUACACGCUGAAGUUUCUGCCACUCUCAGGUUUUGGUCUGAAUUCCAGCUGCCUUCCCGUGAUUGCCUUUACUGUGCACUCUUGGGAGUGUCACCUGGACGGCCCAGGUCCCUGCAGGCUGGCCAUAUGACCUGACUGGAGGCUCAGCAGGUACAGAACUUCUGUCCUGGGCACCCCUAUGAGUGCACCAUGCUUAUGUCACAUCUGACUGAGGUGUGGGGUGCCAUGUGCAUCUGGACCUCCUAAAGGCCUCAUUCUAGGAGAACUGGGGUGCUUAGCCUCCAGCCACAGAUCUGGCAAGGCCCCUUCACUGCUCUGACCUCGAGCACUGUUGAAAUAGACUUUUUAUUGCAUUUCUGCCGUUUUACAAAAAUAUGACAAAAUAAAUUAAAAACAAAUAAAUAACCGCC